AUGUCGAAGGUGGUGCACGAGGGAUGGAUGGUGAGGUAUGGGAGGAGGAAGAUAGGAAAAUCAUUCCUUCAUAUGCGUUAUUUCGUUCUGGAGACUAAGUUGUUGGCCUAUUUCAAGACGAAACCUCAGGGAAAUGUGUCUCCAAUCAAGACUCUUGAAAUCGAUGGUAAUUUUCGAGUGGAGGAUCGAGGCUUGAAGACUCAUCAUGGACAGAUGGUUUACGUUCUAUCGGUCUAUAACAUGAAAGAGAAGCAUGAUCAAAUCACGAUGGCAGCUUUCAACAUUCAGGAAGCACUAAUUUGGAAAGAAAAAAUUGAAUCCGUGAUUGAUCAGCAUCAAGAGUCAGUAGGUGGUAGUCGUACCAAAUUCAACGAUUUCAAAUCUGGGACGGAGAGUACUGGGAGGACGACUUCAGAUCAGGAAAGCCCGUUCAGUGCUGCUGAGGAUGAAGAUGAAUCUCAACAAAACGUGCUGCGGGGAACAACAAUCGCAAAUGCGAUAGCUCCUCCGGAGUCUGUGGUUGAUUGGACAAAGGAAUCAGAGUCAGAUUUGGCAAACCCGAAGUAUAGGCGCUUACUUUACUGCCAAAAUGGGCUUCGCAUUUUUGAGGAGCUACUCAAUGUUGAUUUACUACCAAAGGGAUGUAGUAGAGCUAUGAAGGCGGUUGGCGUAGUGGAGGCUACUUGUGAAGAAAUAUUUGAGCUUGUAAUGAGCAUGGAUGCAACACGUUUUGAGUGGGAUUGUAGCUUCCAGUAUGGUAGUUUGGUUGAGGAGGUAGAUGGACACACAGCAAUACUCUAUCACAGACUUCGACUCGACUGGUUUCCAAGUUUUAUUUGGCCUCGUGAUCUUUGUUAUGUACGAUACUGGCGUAGAAAUGAUGAUGGAAGUUACGUUGUGUUAUUUCGUUCUAGGGAGCAUAAGAAUUGUAAUCCUCUACCUGGAUAUGUUCGAGCUCAUAUCGAGAGUGGUGGAUUCAAUAUUUCACCCCUCAAACCGUGUAAUGGGAGACCAAGAACUCAAGUACAGCAACUUAUGCAGAUAGAUUUGAAAGGGUGGGGUGUAGGCUUCAUCGCAUCAUUUCAGCAACAUUGUCUGUUUCAGAUGUUAAAUAGUGUUGCUGGACUUCGUGAAUACUUUUCUCAAACUGAUGAGAGGGCAGCUGCUCCGAGAAUUCCAGUUAUGGUUAAUAUGAAUCCGCCAUCUAUCUCCUCCAAGAAGAGCCAGAAACAGUCUCAUCAUCGUACUCCGUCUUUAGACCAAAUACGUGCUGCAAAUAGAAAUGCAGUAUCGAUGUUGGACGAGUACUCUGAUGAGGAUGAAGAUUUUCAGUGCACUGAUCAAGAGGUAUCAUCACCCGGUCUUGAAAACGAUACGAUUAAAACUGCUCUUGAAGAAGAACCUAUAGAGCAUAUUGAUAUGUCAACUUUUUCGGGUAAUCUACGACAUGAUGACAGUGAUAAUGGCCGUGACUGCUGGACAAUAUCUGAUGGAAAUAACUUCAGAGUUCGUGGCAAGAACUUUUGCAGUGACAAAACAAAGGUCCUUAUCGCUUUGUUUAUUCAAUAUGUCCUUGGUUUUAGAGCUAUGUUUCUUGGACUCUACAAAAAUGUCAUCAGGUGCAUGUUGAAUCCUCCAAAAGUAGUGCAUUUUAGGUGGAUGGUUUCAGCUGGUAAAUCUCUCAUGGAUCUUGUCGCAGUCGAUUGGUUCAAGGAUACUAAACGAAUGGACCAUGUCGCUAGGCAUCCUGGCUGUGCAGCACAGGUUGCUUCAGAAAAAGGACUCUUUACUUUGGUUAUAAAUUUGCAAGUACCUGGAUCAACACACUACAGCAUGAUUUUCUAUUUCGUCAUGAAAAAGUUGAUACCUGGUUCUCUCUUGCAACGGUUUGUUGAUGGAGAUGACGAGUUUCGGAAUAGUAGAAUGAAGCUAAUCCCAUCAGUGCCAAAGGGUUCGUGGAUUGUGCGUCAGAGUGUUGGAAGUUCCCCGUGUUUACUGGGAAAGGCAGUCGAUUGCAACUAUAUCCGCGGCCCCAAGUAUUUAGAGAUUGAUGUUGAUGUUGGUUCUUCUACUGUUGCAAAUGGAGUUAUGGGGCUUGUCAUUGGCGUAAUCACAUCACUAGUCGUUGACAUGGCUUUCGUUGUACAGGGAAACACCCCUGAUGAGUUACCAGAGCCACUAAUAGGCGCUGCACGCGUCUGUCAUAUAGAACUAUCAUCUGCUGUUGUACCAAAGCUUGAACCUGAGCCAUCGACAACGGAGUAGGUCAUAUUAUGACUCUUGUCAAUUUUGCAGA